AUGGAAUCUAACAAGGAGUUCGACUUGGUCCUUCUCGGCCCUACCGGUUACACCGGGAAGUUCUGCGCUGAGCACAUUGUCAAGCAUUGCCCUACGAAUCUGAAAUGGGCUCUAGCAGGGCGUUCCGUGCAAAAGAUCGAGACUGCCGCAAAGGAGUUGAGAGCUAUCAAUCCCGAUCGCACCGAACCAGAUAUUGUGGUUGUCCAACUUAAUCGAAAGGAGCUGGACCCUCUUAUGCAGAGAACUAAAAUUGUUAUCAACUGUGUCGGUCCUUACCACCUAUACAGCACUCCUGUUGUUGAGUCGUGCGCCAACAAUGGCACUCAUUACGUGGAUGCUACUGGAGAAACACCUUGGGUAAAGCACAUUAUCGAGAAGUAUCACGAAACCGCCAAGUCGAACGGAGCUGUUAUCAUCCCGUCCGUUGGCAUGGAAAGUGCCCCGGCGGAUAUUCUGGCUUGGUCUUUGGUCAAAAGAGUCCGUGGGGACCUCUCCAGUGAUACGAAAGAAGUCAUCAGUGCGAUUGAUGAGAUAAAGAGCUCCGGACCAAGCGGUGGUACUCUCGACACGGUGCUCACAACACUCGACACACUGACAUUCUCCGAUAUGCUGAAGUCGUUCGAUCCUUAUGCCUUGGCUGCCUCCAAACCGCCCAGGAAUGUUCCGAGCGAGCCCCUCGUCGAGAAAGUUCUAGGGGUGAGAUCCGUACGUGACCUGGGUACUCUCACCACUUCGCCUUCUGGCAUCGCAGACAUCACCAUUGUACACCGCAGCAGUACCUUGAUGCCAGAACUCUAUGGACCUCGCUUCCACUUCCGACAAUUUGUCCGGGUCAGAAAUGCCCUUGUCGGCGCACUGUUCCAUAUUGGCUUCAUGCUUGGGUUGGCUCUGCUUAUUAUUCCCCCAGUCCGCACUCUGGUGCGAAAAUUCAUAUUUGCACCAGGUCAAGGGCCUCGCAAGGAGGACUCGACCCAUGACCGUGUCGAGUACCGUGCUAUAGCGACGGCUGAUCAGAAGACCGCCACACCUCGCCGUGUCUUCGGCAAGCUGACUUAUGAGGGCUCGAUGUAUGUCAUGACAGGACUUCUGCUUGCUGAGGCCGCAAUGGUCAUCCUGGAAGACGCGGAGCAGGUAAAGAGGGUGUCCCGAGGUGGAAUCGUCACGUCGGCUACCAUGGGACAGGCUUUUGUUGAUCGACUAGACAAAGUCGGCUGCCAUAUCGAAACACAGAUUUUCGAUAACUGA